AUGAUGCAUAUAAUCACAUCGAAUCGUUUUAAGGCAGCUGCUUGUGCACAUCCUUGUGUUGGUCUGUACGGAGGUGCUUCACCAGCAUCAGUGGGGUAUCAAGCAACACCGGCAGUAUCAUCAUCCGUAUACGCUGUUAACAGCCGCCAGCAACCGCAACAAAGCCAGGUUAUCGCAGGACAGGUCCGUCAACCGUUACUAUCAACAGCCGUACACACUGUUGGAAGCCAUCAACAAAUUCAGCCAAGUCAGAUUGUUGUGGAACAAGUCCAUCCACAAAUUCAGCCAAGUCAGGUUGUUGUAGAACAAGUCCGUCAACCGGCAGUAUCAGGAGCCGUAUUCACUGCUGAAAGCUAUCAACAAAUUCAGCCAAGUCAGGUUGUUGCAGAACAAAUCCACCAACAAAUUCAGCCAGGUCAGGUUAUUGUAGAAGAAGUCCGUCAACCGAUAGUAUCACCAGCCGUGUACACUACUGAAAGUCAUCAACAAAUUCAGCCAAGUCAGGUUGUUGUGGAACAAAUCCAUCCAACAAUUCAGCCAAGUCAAGUUGUUGUAGAACAAGUCCGUCAACCAGCAGUAUCAGGAGCCGUAUUCACUGCUGAAAGCUAUCAACAAAUUCAGCCAGGUCAGGUUGUUGUAGAAGAAGUCCGUCAACCGAUAGUAUCACCAGCCGUGUACACUACUGAAAGUCAUCAACAAAUUCAGCCAAGUCAGGUUGUUGUAGAACAAGUCCGUCAACCGGCAGUAUCAGGAGCCGUAUUCACUGCUGCAAGCCAUCAACACAUUCAGCCAAGUCAGGUUGUUGUAGAACAAGUCCGUCAACAAAUUCAGCCAAGUCAGGUUAUUGUAGAAGAAGUCCGUCAACCGAUAGUAUCACCAGCCGUGUACACUACUGAAAGUCAUCAACAAAUUCAGCCAAGUCAGGUUGUUGUGGAACAAAUCCAUCAACAAAUUCAGCCAAGUCAGGUUGUUGUGGAACAAAUCCAUCCGCAAAUUCAGCCAAGUCAGGUUUGA